AUGGCAAACUUGGAAUCCAGAAAACACAUUUCUCCUGAUUCGGGAUUUCCCAUUACUCUCCAUCCCCAUUUCCACCCUAGAAUAAAGGACCAUGUGCCUCCGGAGCCUAUCAGACAGCAAGUAUUCCCAGACAAGGACCGCGCUACCUUUGCGGAUCCGGAGAAGAAAGCCCUUUUCGCCGUUGCCAAACGGAUCGAUUUGACCGAGUCAAUCGGCACGGUUCUGGAAAACGUACAGCUAUCGCAGCUCAGCCCUCAGCAGUUGGAUGAACUCGCUCUUCUCGUGACUGAGCGCGGAGUCGUCUUCUUCCGAGAUCAGGACCUAACGACAGAUGGCCAGGUGAAGCUAUUCGAGCAUUACGGCACGCUAGAUCGCCAUCCAGCUCAGAAGGAUGUCAGGCAUGUCGUAAUCAAAGGCAGUCGUGAAGAUCAUCGUGAAAUUCUCACUUACACACCUUGGCCAUCUGACGACUUCCAUGCCGAUACGUCGUUCGAAGUCAAUCCUCCAUCGUAUUCCUUGCUCCGUAUGGAAGAGCACCCCGAGGUGGGAGGCGAUACUGCAUGGGUUUCCCAGUAUGGGCUCUAUGAUGCGCUCAGCGACGCCAUGAAGAAGUUCGUCGAUGGGUUGCAUGCAGUUCACACCUCGAGGUUGCAAUACGAUACAAUCUUGGAUCUCUGGGGCGUCGGUCCAAACCGACCCCCUAUCGACUCACACCACCCUGCCGUGAGAACGCAUCCGGUUUCAGGACUCAAGGCAUUGAACGUGAAUCCCGGGUUUGUGACUGCUUUUGCCGAAUUGAAGAAAUAUGAAUCCGACAAACUGCUUGAUUUCUUCGCUUAUCACAUUCACUCAGCUGACGAUCAUGCCGUCCGAUGGAAGUGGCAGGUAGGCUCCGUUGCCAUGUGGGAUAAUAGAUGCACACUUCAUCGUGUUAUUCCCGGCACAUAUGACGCUCCGCGAAGAGGUAUUCGAACAACUGUCUUCGGAGAAAAACCGUACUAUGAUCCUGCUAGCGAAAGUAGGAACGAAAGAGAGAAGAGACUCAAAAGAGAGUUACACGAGAAAGAUCAACAUCUAGAGGACACGAAAGAGCCAGUAGCCGAUACUCCAGCAUGA